UUUGGUGUCCUAACACUGCAGCAGCAGUUUUUAAUAUUAACAUAGUCUUAAGAUGAGUUAAUUUAGCAGGCCAUAAAUAAGGAUUACUGUUAUCAUCAGUAGGACUCCCUUCCUUAAAAAAAAAUAAAAAAGGGGUAUAAAACCCCAUCCCGAAUAUAUGUAGAGACAUGGCAGCAUGUAAAAGUGUGCUUAUCUUUUAUAUCGGUGCCAGGUUUACAUUUAAUUUCCUGUAUUCCACCUGCUGAAGAACUUGUUCUAUUUUCUGUAAUACUUGAAUGUUUUUCUGAUUUAUGGCAGCAUUAUGUAGGAAGGAGCUCUCCCGUAAUAAGCUGUUGGAGGACCAGAUGGAACCCCUCAGGAUGUUAUUACAGAUGCAGUGAAACUGCAGUCUUAAUAACAAGAGUUAACUAGAACUGCAUGAACAAACACUACACAAACAUGUAUAUGACCAAAAUAAUAACAAAAAGAAAAGCAUGGUUCUGGAUCGGAAGAAUAAAUUGUAAAAGAAUCAGCCAGAACAUCACAAAAUGGCACCCAGUGUUCUUCAUAUGUAUCAUGCUAUGUUAAAAUUUGCACUUUUGUGCAAUGGAGGGGCCAGUGCACCUUUGCUAGCAGAUAGACGGUGAUUAGCAGUGAUAUUAAGCAACUAAGUCUACUGUGGGUCUCCAGAACUGUGGUGCUUUGGGGUCUGUCUGGCUGUUAAGGAUCCAUGCAGGCAUCCAGCAGGGGCAUGGUUGUUUUGGAGAUCAGUGAAGUAAUGAAAGGUGUGAAGUUGCAAGGUGUUAAAAAUUCUGGCUUGGAGUCUGAUUUGCCUGCAAAGUAACAGGUUUUGGAUUACACACUUUUGUUCCCCCUUUUAGUAACCAGUCCUGCAGGCCAUGAAGUAUGCAUGCUAAAUCUGAUAGUCUUCAUCUCUUUCCUUCAGGAAGUGAGGAAAAAGAAAGACCUAUAGCAGCGUCUGAUAAACUGGGCAGUGCCUUAGGCCCUGACUGGCAUGAGGGUCUAAGUCUUAAAGGGACUAAAGAGUUUUCUCAUAAAGUACAUAUUGAAAUACUAUGUGAAGUAAAGAAAAUAUACUUACAGCAAGAAUUUCUACAACUGCAACAGACUUCUUUGGCUUUUCCUAAAGAAGAGAAGAAUGUGGAAUCAGAUGAAGUGCUGUGGCCUGUAUAUGUGGAAUUAACUAAUGGAAAAAUUUAUGGAUGCAAUUUCAUUGUCAGUGCAACUGGAGUUGUGCCAAAUGUUACACCGUUUCUUGCUGGCAAUAAUUUUGCUCUAGGUGAAGAUGGAGGUCUUAAGGUGGAUAAGCACAUGCACACAUCCCUGCCAGACAUAUAUGCAGCUGGAGAUAUCUGCACAGCGUCCUGGGAACCAAGUCCAGUGUGGCACCAGAUGAGGCUGUGGACUCAAGCCAGGCAGAUGGGAUGGUAUGCAGCCAAAUGCAUGGCAGCAGAUACGUUAGGGGAAUCAAUCGAUCUGGAUUUCAGCUUUGAACUAUUUGCUCAUGUUACAAAAUUUUUCAAUUACAAGGUGGUGGUUUUGGGAAAGUACAAUGCUCAAGGCUUGGGUUUAGACCAUGAACUAAUGCUGAGGUGUACCAAGGGACAGGAGUACGUGAAAGUAGUGAUGCAGAGCGGCCGAAUGAUGGGAGCUGUGCUGAUCGGUGACACGGACUUGGAAGAAACCUUUGAAAACUUAAUUUUAAAUCAAAUGGAUCUUUCAGCCUAUGGUGAAGAUCUCCUGAAUCCAGAUAUUGAUAUAGAAGAUUAUUUUGAUUGAACAAAACCCCAUUUCCAUUUUGUAUAAAGUUUUGACACCGA